AUGUCAAUUGAUUACGGUACGGAAUGGUUCAAAGUUGGUCUUAUCAAACCUGGUAUGCCUUUGGAUGUGGCGUUAAACAAGGACUCGAAACGAAAAACACAAUCUGUUGUUACUAUUCGUCACGACGAACGUAUCUAUGGCUCUGAUGCUGUUAGUUUGGCUGGUCGGUUUCCUCAUUUGACUUACUUCAAUUUGAAAAGUAUCUUGGCCAAACCAUACGAUGAUAUACAUGCUGAAGAAUAUCGACAUCGAUUUGUGAAUGAUAUGCAACUAGAUGAUUCUCGCAAUAUGCCCAGUUUCCUUCACAACGAUACCGAUCGUUUGACAGUUGAAGAGCUGAUCGCUUACCAAUUCCAAAACGCAAAGCAACAGGCUGUUAAUACUGCUGGUGAAGAUGUUAAGGACGUGGUGAUUACGGUGACACCAUUUGCUACUCAACAUGAACGACAAGCUAUUCUUGACGCUGCUGAAUUGGCCGGAUUAAAUGUAUUAACCUUGAUGCAUGAUGAAACUGCUGUUGCUUUGAAUUACGCCAUCAAUCGCGAAUUUACAACAACCCCUGAAUAUCAUAUGUUUUACGAUAUGGGUGCUGGAUCAACGGUAGCAUCUAUUGUAUCUUUCUCCAAUGUGGAAGUAAAGGAAGGUAAACGAACGAAAUCAUCACCUCAACUGGAAGUCAAGGCUGUAGGAUUUGAUCGUACUUUGGGUGGACAUGAGUUCGAUGUACGUUUACAAAAACUUUUGGCGGAUGGAUUUAUGGAUCAAUAUAAGGGUAAAGUAUCUACUAGUGUUUAUGAAUCACAUGGUGCUAUGACUAGACUAUUGAAAGAAGCCACCCGAGUUAAACAAAUCCUCAGUGCAAACACCGAAACAAUGGCCUCUAUUGAAGGAUUACAUGAAGAAAAGGAUUUCAAGAUGAAGAUCACUAGAAAAAAAUUGGAAUCAUUGUGUGAAGAUCUUCUGGAUCGUGUUUCUGGUCCCAUCUUAGCUGCUCUCAAGGAAUCUGGCAUGACUGUGGAUGAUAUUCAAUCUUUGGUUCUUGUUGGUGGAAAUGUCCGUGUUCCUUCUGUUCAAAGAAAAUUAAUCGAUAUUGUUGGAACUCAACGUAUUGCAAAGAAUGUCAAUGCAGAUGAAGCUGCUGUUUUGGGUGCUGCUUUUCAUGGCGCUUCUUUGAGUAAUCAAUUCCGUCUUACCAAGGAUAUCAAGAUCAAAGAUAUUACAUCUUUCCCUAUUGAAGUGACCUAUGAUACAGAUUCUGGUGAUACUGUUGACACUGUGUUAUUCAAGGAAUUCGAUGCAUUGAAUGCUCGCAAGACCAUGACCUUCAAAAGAUUAGAAGAUUUUGAAUUCAAGUUACAAUAUGCCACCGGUGAAAAGAAAAGUCAAGACAUCUUGGAUCGUAUUGCUCAUGUCAAAGUAUCUGGAUUGACUGACAUUAUUGAAAAAUACAAGGAUGAUAUCAAGCAAGCCUCUACUCCUCCAAAAGUACGUGUUGUAUUUGAAAUGUCACCUUCUGGUUUAUUAUCAGUACCUGAAGCUUAUGUCAAUAUUGAACUUCCGGAUUCUAACAAGUCAUUCACUGGUAAAGAUUACAAAGUCAAAUCAUUCUUUGGAUCCAAGGAUGAAAAGGAAACUGCCGCUGAUAAUGGUGAAUCUACUGAAAAAGUUACCUCUCAAGGAAAUGAAACAAAUGUAUCAGAUACUGAUUCGGAUAAAAACUCUACCACAGUAUUGGAAUCAACUAAGGAACCUGUUCUUACCAAAGUGAAACUUCAAGUCAAGUAUAUUGUUGAUGGUCCUCAACCAUUAUCAAUUGAUCAAAAACUUACGAUUAAGAAAAGAAUAAGAAUGUUGGACCUUUUGGAUAAACAACGACAAAUUCGUGAAGAAGCCAAAAAUAAUCUGGAAUCAUUUGUAUAUCGCACUUUGGAAUUUUUGUAUGACGAUACAGUUGCCAUUGUUUCCACAGAAGAACAACAAGAAAAAUUACGUGAACAAUUAUCAGAAACUUCUGACUGGCUUUAUGAUGAAGGGGAACAUGCUGACACUAAAGCUUAUUCAGACCGAUUGAACUCUCUCAAAUCAUUGGAAGACCCUAUUACUUAUCGCCGUGAAGAAUAUCUUGUUCGUGAUGACACUAAUCAAAAAGUAUUGAAAAGUGUACAAAUGGUGCAAACAUUUAUCGAUGGCAUUCGCAAGACCCCUGAGGAUGAGCAAUACCAUACAGAAGCUGAAUUGGAAAAGGCACUCUCUGUGGCAAAAGCAGCUGAAGCUUGGAAUGAUGAAAAGCUCAAGUUACAGUUAGCACUUACUCCUGUGGAUGAUCCUGUUUUGACGUCAAAGGAAGCAGCUAUCAAGGCCAAGGAAGUGGAUGAAGCUUUGAUGCAAUUAUUACGCAAGAAGAAACCCAAGGUUAAUAAGAAGAAGGAUACCAAGGAUACAAACCAAACUGAAAAAUCUUCUUCUUCUGCUGACGAUACAAAGAAUGCCACUGACAAGGAUACAAAGAACAAAGAACAACAAGAAGAAGAAAACUCCAAACCUGAUCAAGGACAUGAUCAUGAUGAACUUUGA